AUGAAAUUAUUAAAUAAUUCCAUUUAUUUUUCAGUUUAUUUUUUUCUGACAGAUUCUACACAAAAAUCAAAGCCAUGCCAUGCACAUUGUUGUCUGAAUACAUUGAAAAUUCUUUCGGCUUUGGCUCCAGUUAUACGUACUGGUAUUCCUAUUAUUGGUUGUAUGGCACAGAUUACAAACAUUUCGAAUUCAGCUGAUCAACAAUCCAUGAUUCGAUCAACGACGUCAUCCGAAGAUGAUAUUAAUAAUCAAGAUCUUUUUCUAACACCAUCUUUGGAUAUAAAUUUUUCAACAAAUAAUGACGUCGUUAAUCAAUGUACAAUCAUAGAAAUAAAUGAUAGUGAUUCAAUAAAUACUGAUUUAUCUCAAUCAACAACAGUGAAUAUACCUCCAUAUGAUGCAUAUAUAAAUUUAAGUACAUCAAGUAGUGAAGCAAGCCUUGCCCGACCACUUCUUAAUGAUAAAAAUCAUGAAGAAGUACCCAGUUAUACAAAAGAUACCAAAAUAAAAAUUCCUCAAAAUCCAAAUAAUAAAUUAACAUCAAAUUAUUAUUCAUUUAUUAAAUUUUAUUUAACGGAUAUGUUGAUGUCAGCAUUUAUAAUAACACCACUAGUUAAUAUACAUUGGCGUGGUGCAUGGGAUUUACUUGAUAGAAAUUUAUUAUCUAACAAUGAACGUAUAAGCGCAUUUAUAUCAUUGAUAUUUGGUCUUAUGAUUCUUUAUUUAAUUUAUUUAAUACAAAAUUUUCUUCAAAUAUUCUAUGAAAAACAUCGAAAAAAUAUUCUUGGACAAUUUAUGACUAGAUUUUAUACAUUAAUAAUUGCAUUAGCUUAUAUAAACCAAUGGCGAGGUUUAUGGAAUUUGUUAGAUUUUACAAGUAAUGUUUGGUAUCAUUUAUUAAUUGAAACAUUAAUAAGUAUUAUAUUACUUUUAUGUAUGAAAUCAAUAUAUAGUCUUAAUUCAGCACCAUUUUUAAUUGGUGUUGAUACUGAAAGUUAUUUUAUACUUGGUUCAAAAUGUAAUGUUUCAACGAAUCGUUUUUGGCAAUAUACAUUUGAUUUCAUAUUCUAUGAAAUUGUUGAAGCACCAUUAGUCGUUAUUGCUUGGCGUGGUUUAUAUAAUCUUUCUGAUCUAUACAUUUAUCCAGAUGAUAAAUUAAUAUCAAUGUUAAUCUCAUUUACAAUUGGUUAUUCAUUGUUUUUUCUUCUUGCUUUAUUACAAAUUCCAAUAAUACAAUGUUUAAUAAAAUAUCAUCAUAAAUUAAUACAUGCAUUUAUUUCAAAUCUAUUUCAUUUAAUUGCAUUUGUUAGUGUUGUUCAAAUUUGGCGAAGUUUAUGGAUGAUGUGUGAACAAUAUAUUAAUAUUCCAGGUUAUCAUCAUUUAACACUUUGGCUUUGUUAUAUAGGCGCUUAUAUUUUGUUAACAUGUGGUUUAACAGCAUGUUCAUUAAAUGGGCCAGGUGGUGGAAAAGAUAAUUAUAUUGAUGAUCAACCUAUUCUUUUAUGUAAAUUUGAUUAUUUUUCAACUUUACUUAAAAGUCAAUCAGGUCAUUUUGAAAUAAACAAAGGUGUUCAUCUUGGACCAGAUUCAUCAUCCAUUGAAACCAUUAUGCCUGUUGAAUCUCUGUAUCGAUUUGAGCCUCCCUAG